AAAUUAUUAUGAUGAAUAUCUCAUACUAGUAAAUAGAAUGAUGAUUUCUAAUAAUAUUUUUUGUUUUCUGAAUUUUUUAUAUCAAAUUUAAUGAGCAAAAAUUGAGCUAAAAUACUUCUAUGAAGUAUUGCCAUUUCGGAUUAAGUAUCUUUUAUUUUCUGAUUCCAAUAAAUGGAAAUGACCUCAUUACUUCAUAAUUGUAGGGGGAAUAUAUUGUUUUCUUCUUCAUCUUUGUGUAUUGAGUUGUCAAUAUAUUUUGAAAGUGACCAAAAUGGUGUGAAAACAACAGGUAUUGGGAUAUGGAUGGGCUGGAUUGUUAAGGAAAUAUGUGGUGGAGCCAGCCCACAUGUGGUGGCCGAGUACCCUUGUUCAGGUCUCCCUUUUCCGGUUAGUAUCCCUUAUUUUCCCCAUACUCCGGCGGCCCCUGUUUUUGACCUUUUUUUUUUAUUAGAGUUUCCACCUUAUAAAUUUUUCUUCCUAACUUUAUAUUUCGAAUUUUAAGUGUCGGACACUAAGUGCAUAAUAAUAUACUUCUCAAAGACUACCUUAAUCACUUGAAUUUUGAGUAUUGUGUAUUAACUUUUACACUUUUUUACCACUUGAAGUGGAAAAGUUCGAUGGAGGCUUCUUAUAUUGAUUUGCACAAUCAUAAUCACGGGUCUUAAGGUCUAAAAGGAAUUAUAAUAUGUAGAUUCGAAAUUGAAGAAUCUUUGGGGCAGUAAAAGUUACAAUUACACGUGUAUUGUGAGUUGUGACUGAAAAGUAGUGAAAAGGAAGGGAUCUUCUGCCCAAUGGCCAACUUGUCACUUGUUAGCUGCCUCUCUGCUCAACUUGAGUAAGCUGUAAAGUAUAUACUAGAUACUACAUUUCAAGGUCAAACCAAGAAGGAUGGACAAUGUGAAACCUUUGAUUUUUUGAUAAAUUAAAUUUUAAAGCUAAUAUAGUUGACUUAUAAAUUCCAAUGGAAGAAUUUGUAACCAAAUAAUAAUUAGUAGUUGUCUAUGACGUUAACUCUUGACUAAUCAGAAAGAGAAGAUAAGUCUUGAUACCACAAAGUUCGAAAUUCAAUUCUUUUUCCAUAGAGAGCGGUUUUGUCCCACUUGAGAUUGAAUUUUCAAUUCAAAGUGUAAAAUAUAAACUGGCUAAAGUAUGAGGUCACGCAGACGGCAACAUAACGUGUUCAGACGGAAAAAGAGGGGAUAACUCAUAGCAGUACUAGUUUGAUUCUGGACCAAAUACAAAGGACAAAAUCAUAUGGAUUGUUUUGUGGUGAACCAUUGUUUCUUUUAUUUGACAAAUGUAAAGGAUAUGUUUGGAUUGUUUUUUAAUGUGUGUUUUUAGGUGUUUUUUCUACCGAGAAUGUAAAAAAAUAUACUGAAAAUGUAAAAAAGUAGGUUAAGAUGGGACAGUUAUUAAUAUUUGAUUAUGAAAAAACUCAGUAAAAAACAAACCAAACAGAAAGACCAAUUGUGAGACACAAAACAGAAUGGGGACUGUAACUUCUUCUCUUUGUGGUCAUCCCAUCACAUGUUGUCACAGUGUCGGGUAGAAGCUACUGAAAUCACCCAAGGAGAUUAAAAUCUCACCUUACAUUCAUCUGCAGGGCUCUACAUGAAAGAGAUGAGAACAAGGGGUUGUCGAGGGCAAAAUUUUUCGUGAUUGCAUUGAUUUGCAGCUUUUCGUGGUACGUUGUUCCGGGAUACCUCUUCUCAACUCUCACAAGCAUCGCAUGGAUUUGUUGGGCGUUUCCCAAGUCGGUCACUGCCCAGCAACUUGGAUCUGGGAUGAGGGGACUUGGCGUCGGAGCUUUGACAUUGGAUUGGUCUGCGGUAGCAUCCUUCUUGUUCAGCCCCCUCAUCAGUCCUUUCUUCUCCAUAGUCAAUGUGUUCGCGGGAUACGUGCUGAUCAUCUACGUUGUCAUCCCCAUUGCAUACUGGGGGAUUGAUUCAUACGACGCCACAAAGUUUCCCAUAUUCUCGUCACACCUGUUCACAGCCCAGGGUAAAAGAUAUGACAUUACUGCAAUAGUAAAUGACAAGUUCGAGCUAGAUAUAGAUAAGUACAAUCAGCAAGGAAGGAUACAUCUAAGUAUGUUCUUCGCUCUAACCUAUGGUUUUGGUUUUGCGACCAUAGCCUCCACUCUUUCACACGUGGCCUUUUUCUACGGGAGGUAAUACUCUUUCAAAUACUACUUUAAUCACCUGAUGGAUGGGUAAUAAACAUCUUUUAAUUAUGCUAAAGAGUUCAGAUCACAAAGCAAUCUGUGUGUCCUGCAGGGAGAUUUAUGAAAGAUUCCGGGCCUCAUACAAGGAAAAGGAAGAUGUACACACAAGACUCAUGAGGAGAUACAAGGACAUACCUUCCUGGUGGUUUUACAUCUUGCUUGCCCUCACAAUUUUUGUCUCUCUAAUCCUCUGCAUUUUCUUGAACAAUCAAGUUCAAAUGCCAUGGUGGGGGCUACUAUUUGCCAGUGCCUUAGCCUUCGGCUUCACACUUCCAAUCAGCAUCAUAACUGCAACAACAAAUCAGACACCAGGGCUGAACAUUAUAACAGAGUACUUGAUGGGCAUCAUAUUACCAGGAAGACCAAUAGCAAAUGUGUGCUUCAAAGUAUAUGGCUACAUGAGCAUGGCGCAGGCUGUUUCUUUCCUCAGCGAUUUUAAGCUGGGUCAUUACAUGAAGAUUCCUCCACGAUCAAUGUUCUUGGUACAGUUCAUAGGAACAGUGAUAGCUGGAACUAUCAAUGUCGCCGUUGCAUGGUGGCUGCUGCAUUCCAUCAACAACAUAUGCCAGGAUGACCUUCUUCCACCAAACAGUCCAUGGACUUGUCCUGGAGAUAGGGUUUUCUUUGAUGCCUCGGUUAUAUGGGGUUUGGUUGGACCUAAAAGGAUUUUCGGAUCUCAAGGAAACUAUAGUGGUAUGAAUUGGUUCUUUCUUGGAGGGGCUGUAGGACCUUUCAUCGUUUGGCUCUUGCAUAAGGCCUUCCCAAAGCAAUCUUGGAUUCCUCUAAUUAACCUCCCAGUACUCUUGGGAGCAACAGGUGCCAUGCCACCAGCAACACCACUGAAUUACAAUGCCUGGGUCAUUGUUGGUACUAUAUUUAACUUUUUCAUCUUCCGCUACCGAAAGAAGUGGUGGCAAAGAUACAACUAUAUUCUUUCAGCUGCUCUCGAUGCUGGGGUAGCUUUCAUGGCAGUAGCACUAUACUUUACUCUAGGAAUGGAGAACAAGGGAAUUACUUGGUGGGGCAAUGACGGGGAACAUUGUGAUUUAGCAACAUGUCCGACAGCCAAAGGCAUACAAGUCGACGGUUGUCCUCUGCGAUAAUAUAUAGGCACUUAUACUCUAGGUUCUAGCAUCUUCAUUAGCAGUCUCAAAUUUGUAACAGAACGUACGGCUGGUUGCAUUUCCCAUUAACCAGCAUAUGGUUAUUGUCUUUUUGUAUACAACUUUAAAACUCUGAUGCUAAGCACCUUCUAUGAAAGUUCAAUAGCAAAUGUUACUUAUACAAGGAAAGAAACAUAUUCUUCAGCUUUGUACAGUUAAUUUUUUUGGAGCUUUUUGAUUUGCAAAUCUUUUGGCACCAAAUUCUGCAAGAAACUAACAUAUUAAAGACUUUUUCAAUAGUCAAGAUGAAUGAUGGUAUUAUAUACACUUCAUUUGGUACUCAAUUAAGGAGAUUUCAUGGAAACUGAUAAAACCUAUUGAAAAGCUGACAAAUAUACCAAAGUAGGGAAUUCCCAGAAAACACUUUUGGACUUGCCUGCUGGUUGCCAAUGUGCUUGAAGAUACAUCAAUGACUAGAAUUGGUUAUUUGUUUUCAGCAAGCCAAUGAUGCUG